AAAUUAAUAUAACUAUUUUGACAGCAAAAAAAACAAAGAUGCGUCUUUAUGCUCGAACGUUUGUAUUGUUAAUUGUUCCGAUCUGUAUCCUUUGUGUUUCACAUGAAAACGAGAAAACAAUCGAAUCUCAAUCAAAAGAUCAUGUCGAAUCCAAAAUAGAUAAUGCAGCUCUGUUUUCACAACAACUUAAUAAUGAUAAACUGAUUACAUCGUUAAUCAAAUCAAUCUUACGGAUUGCUUCGAAUGGAUUCAAAUCUGGCCUGGAAGCUUCGGUCCGUGGUCUUUUCGAUAAGCCAAUGACAAGUGCAGUAGCUGCUAUUUCCAUGGUUAUUGGUGCUGUCGCCAUAUUAGCAUUCUAUGAAUCUCCAAUUUCACCAUUGCCAGUUCCUCCAUUGCCAGAUCCACCUGUUGGAAGAUUCCCACCAGAACAUCCAAUUUGGCCACCACCAAAUCGUGGAAAUCAACAAAUGUCCUAUCAACCGAAACGUGCUUCUAUCCCGUACCCCGUUAAUAAUUUGGCCAACAAUUUCAUCUAUCCAAUGGGCAUGAAUACUUUGACAUAUCAUCGAUCCGAUAAUAUGGCACGAAUGCCAUUACCAAUGCAACAAUUUAAUCGAUUUCAACAACAAAAUAAAAUUUCAAAUGCAGAAUUACAAGAAUAUUAUAAAAAUGAUCUUAAAAAAUUGAUUAAUCUUAAUCUAGACGUUAAAAACAACAAAGUUAUUGACUAUAAUAACAAACGAAACGGAAUGGAAUUGAUGAAAAAUCAAACUGUUUCAUGAAUUUUUUAAUGUUUA